GUGACAUGGGGCGAAUGGCGUUAUGUCAUUCCCAAGCGCACAGACCACCGCUCUAUCGCGCUUCGCGUCGCGUCCAACGCCUUUGCGACCCGUGCGGUGGAUGGUGCAUCGACGCUCCCGACCGUGAACACAACUCCCAAACACUUUUUCCCACUUUUUCAGUCCCCCAUUCUCUCACGAUUCACAAUGGUUCGUGGGAUAGAAGGCAACGAGAUGUCGACUCCUAAAUCUUCAUCUCAGAAGAAAAAGCAGCCCGCCUCUGGGUCACAAUCCAUGAAAGGCCAAAAAUCCAUCUUGGGGUUUUUCCAGAAGAAGUCUACCAAUUCGCCCAGUCCCGCCCCUUCCGACUCAAAAACAGUCAAGCAACAGAGUCCCGUAUCGACCCUAUCGAAAUCUUUCAGCAAAGCCCACGUAGACCUCACGCCACAGCCGAGCAGCGACCCGGUGCUGCCAUCGAGCCCAAUUAAACAGGAAAAGGAUACUGCGUCGGGCAAGAAUAAGGAAAAUGGUGUUGGUGUUGCAGCUAGCAGUCCCUCUAGAAAGGCAAAGAAGACAGUCAACUAUGCCGAAUCAGAUGACGAUGAUGAAGACGAAGACGAUGUAUUCAAGCCCAUCGCCAACGGUGCUAGGAAGGGAAGGUUGCUCAAGCGAAGGAAAGUGGUUUCAGACGAUUCUGAUGACGAGUUUGGGCUGGACGAUGCUACCCAGCAGGCUAUUCUCGAAGACGACCUGGACGACUUUAUAGCUCCCGACGAUUCCGACGAAGAUGUUCCCGUCUCCAAGAAGAGAAAGCGACCGCAGUCGACAAAGUCCAGUGCUAAAUCACCGCUGAGAUCCUCUCCACCACUCGCGCCUAAGGACGAAGACGACGAGAAAGACGAGGAUAUUGCAAUGGCAAACAGCACAUCAACCGCUCAGCAGUGGACGUAUGAUCCGGAAAACCUGAAGCCAUUAUAUUCACCUCGACUGGCUACUGAGGUGAUCAAGAAAGAUAAAAGAUUGGCUAAACAGAAAGCUUCCGCCUCCGAGCCUACAGAGAGGCAUACAUGGCUUGCACACCCCCUAGAUGCCGAUCGACGACCCCCUGAUCACCCAGACUACGAUCCGCGCACGCUGUACAUUCCACCAGGAACAAAGUUCUCCAGCUUUGAACAACAAUAUUGGGACAUAAAAUGCAAAUUCUGGGACACGAUUGUAUUCUUCAAGAAGGGAAAGUUCUAUGAACUAUACGAAAAAGAUGCUGUGAUUGGCCACCAGCUGUUUGACCUCAAGCUGACUGACCGUGUCAAUAUGUGCAUGGUCGGCGUGCCAGAGGCUUCACUUGAUAUGUGGGCCAGUCAGUUCGUUGCCAAAGGGUACAAAGUCGCCAGGGUCGACCAAAUGGAGUCAGCGCUCGCAAAGGAAAUGCGGGAGCGCGAUGGCAAGACGGGGCCUACGAAAGGCAGUGCUAAAGCUGACAAAGUGAUACACCGUGAGCUGGCGCAAGUUCUUACAUCAGGCACUCUGGUCGAUCCCGGUAUGCUUCAAGGCGAUAUGUCCACAUAUUGCAUGGCCAUCAAGGAGAUGGAACGUGAUAAUCUCCCUACUUUUGGCAUAGCAUUCGUCGAUUGUGCUACCGCACAGUUUCAGCUUUGUGAAUUCAUCGACGAUAUCGAUCUAACCAAAUUCGAAACACUCAUUGCACAGAUCAGACCCGGCGAGCUACUUAUGGAAAAAUCUUGCCUCUCUGCAAAGGCUCUGCGGAUACUGAAGAACAAUACUGGGCCAACCACGGUAUGGAACUAUUUGAAACCGGCCGAAUUCUGGACCGCCGAUAGCACGAUGAGAGAGAUCGAAGUAUCCAAAUACUUUGAGUCUUCAACUGAUGCCAACAUUGACGCGUGGCCGUCAGUGCUCCGUGAAGCCCGUGAACAAGAGCUGGUCAUGUCUUCGUUUGGUGCUCUGCUUCAUUACCUGCGUGGACUCAAGAUUGAACGUGAUUUGAUCACUCUCGGCAACUUUGAAUGGUAUGACCCGAUCCGCAAGCUGACCAGCUUGGUUCUCGACGGGCAAAGCUUGAUCAACCUUGAAAUAUUUGCCAAUACCUUCGACGGUGGAGUUGAAGGCACUCUGUUUGCGAUGCUGAACAGAUGUAUAACUCCUUUCGGCAAGCGACUCUUGAAGCAAUGGGUUUGCCAUCCUCUGGCCGACGCGAACGAAAUCAAUGCGCGUCUCGACGCUGUCGAUGCGUUGAACGCGGAUACCAGUAUUACGAACAACUUCAGAUCGUCUCUAAGUAAGCUCCCUGACUUGGAACGCUUGAUCUCCCGGGUUCACGCUGGCCGUUGCAAAGCCCAAGACUUCUUGAAGGUGUUAGAAGGGUUUGAGCAAAUCGAGUACACCGUCAGUAUGCUCCAACAGUUCGGGGACGGUGAGGGCGUCAUUGGCCAACUCAUCUCCUCUAUGCCUGAUCUCGCCGGUGCUCUGGAGCAAUGGAAGGAUGCAUUCGACCGUAACCUAGCCAAGUCGGAAGGUAUCCUAGUCCCUGCUCCUGGAGUUGAAGAAGAGUUCGACGAGAGCCAGCAGGAGGUUGACGAGUGUGUCGCCAAUCUCGAGGAGCUUCUGAAACAGACUCGGAAGUCUCUGGGGUCAUCAGCCAUCUGUUUCACCGACAUUGGUAAAGAAAUUUAUCAGCUUGAGGUACCUAAAAAAGUCAAGGUGCCUAAGCAUUUUGAUCAAAUGUCUGCUACAGCCAAGUGCACCCGAUACUACACUCCCGAAUUGCGCAAGCUAGUGCGGGCCCUGCAAGAGGCUAGGGAAACGCAUGGACAACGCCUUCGAGAGGUUGCAACCCGGUUCUGCGCCAAAUUCGAUGUGGACUAUGCGACCUGGCUCGCUGCCGUCAAGAUUAUUGCUAAGCUCGAUUGUCUGAUCAGUCUCGCAAAAGCGUCUGCUUCACUGGGCGAACCAAGCUGCCGACCAACCUUCAGCGAGGCAAAACGGACCAUUGUUGAAUUUGAGGAGCUCCGACAUCCCUGCAUGCUCAACACUGUGGACGACUUCAUUCCUAAUGAUAUCAGACUCGGUGGUGAAUCUCCAAACAUCGAUCUACUCACCGGUGCCAACGCCGCUGGAAAGUCGACUAUUUUACGUAUGACUUGUAUUGCGGUCAUCAUGGCCCAGGUCGGAUGUUAUCUGCCUUGCACAUCUGCUACGCUGACUCCCAUUGAUCGCAUCAUGUCGCGUUUGGGAGCGAACGACAAUAUCUUUGCCUCCCAAUCGACCUUCUUCGUCGAGCUUUCGGAAACUCAGAAAAUCCUUUCAGAGGCAACGCCACGCUCACUCGUGAUUCUCGACGAACUCGGCCGUGGCACGUCCUCAUACGACGGUGUCGCAGUGGCCCAGGCUGUAUUGCACGAUAUCAGCUCUCGCGUUGGCUGUGUCGGCUUCUUCGCAACCCACUACCGCUCUCUGGCAAAGGAAUUCGAAUACCACCCCGAAAUCUGCAACAAGCGAAUGCGCAUCCACGUCGACGAUGAAUCAAAAUCCAUCACCUUCCUCUACAAGCUCGAAGAAGGUGUGGCUGAGGGCAGCUUUGGUAUGCACUGUGCUGCCAUGUGCGGCAUCCCUAGCAAAGUCAUUGAGAACGCCGAAGUGGCUGCUCGAGAGUGGGAGCACACUUCUCGACUAGGUGAGCGUUUAGAGUCCAGCAAAGGAGAGGAUGGCGUGUACGUCCCGCUCGGCCUGCAGAGCGACUUGGCGUGGGUGCUGAGGGAAGGCUUGGAAGGCGUCGGCGAACGGACGCUGGAUGUGUUGAGGGAAGCCAUUGCCGCUUUGUGA